GGAGAGGACACGGAUUAACCAUGGCUACAGCUGACAGUGGCCUGAAGCCCCUGCAGAAUGCCAUGAAAAUGGCCAAAGUAGCAAUACAGCUGGACGGAGGGAGCAGACAUAAGGAAGCCUACUGUGAAUACCUCCGGACAAUCAACUACAUAUCACAUGCACUUCUGGAAGAAGCUGAAUCACAAAACGAGAAGGAGAUGGUGGCAGUGGAGGGGGAGCGUAUGUUGAGGCUGGCUGAGCAGUGUCUGGAGCGAGCCAAGUCAUUUAUAGGAAAGAGCGCUGAGCCCCCUGAGCUUUCUGCCUCUGCCCCUGCUUCCUCCUGCUUGUCACCUGGCCAAUCACAACCCGAUCAGACCGCUGUCCCCCCAGGCACGGUCAUCACAAACACUGUCCCUCCCUCUGACCUGCCUGUUGACGCAGAGUGUAAAGCAACCAGCCCAACAAAAGCCGGUCACCGCCGUGUGCUGUCAGAGGGCGGCGGGGAGCGCUCCCCCUUCCUGCCUCCUGAAGUCUUCCAGAGACUGCAAACAGUGGAGUCACAGGACAGAAGCAAAAAGGGGCUGACACCUAUUGAAGAGGCCUCCCGAUUGAACCAGAAGUUGAAAGCCAAUUAUGAAGCUCGUCUGGCAAGGCUCACUCCUGGUCAGGCUUACCAAAAGACGUCUUUGACGCUGUCUCUCCAGCGGCAGAUGAUGGAGAACCUCAUCAUAGCCAAAGCCAGGCAGGAUGCUCUUCAGCGGAAGAUGGAGGAGAGAAGACUGAGGCUACAGGAAGAGGCCAACAGGAGGUUUUCAGCAUCUGGAGCAAUGACAGCAGAGGAUCAAGAGCAGCGUGUUCUCUACGCCAAUGUGCUGGAAUAUGAGCAAGACCAUGAUUGGCCCAAACUGUGGAAAGCGAACAUGAAGACGAAUCCUGAAGACGUCACUUUAGUGUCAGGCCUAGUCUCCUUCCUGCUCAGCCAGUCUGACCAUCCGGUGGUGAGGUUGCUAAGGAAACACCAGUAUCGGGUUUACAACAGGCUCUACCCCAUCGUCAGUAAAGGUCUCCCCCAGAGUCCUGCAGUGCCACUGAGACCUUCUCGCAGCUCUCACAACCUGCUUCACCCAGAGACGCAGAGGAAGCCAACUAGUACUGCAGGCAGUAGCGUUGGUGCCCAGAGCUUCAACACCGACUGCUCUCUCUCCCCCUCGCUCUCCCACGACCUCAACACAAACUAUGAUGACGAGGAAGUGGAGGAGCAGGUGACGGUGGAGCGGGAGAACUCAUUUGAAGAUCUGGAGCAGUUCCUGACCCAGCUGGACUGGGCCCCACCUCACGGCAGCAUGGACGACACCUGCUACGAUUCAGAGCUGACCUGCAAUUCGUCAGUGCAGCCGGAGCAAGAUGAUACCCAAAUCUCCGAUCUGGAGACAAGAGCACUGAAAGAACACCUGAAAGCUAUUGUCAAAGACAUUCAUAUAGCGAUUGAUCAGCUGCUGUCACUGUGUUUGCUGUCUUUUGAGUGUCUAAACACAGCCAGCUCUAAGGACCUGUGCCUUGCCAGUAUAGAGGAAGCAUUCUUCACGCCCCUGUGGAGCGCUCUAGUGGCUCUUUUCAGGAAAGUUCACAGGGAAAGAGAGCUGGCCUUUGAGACCAGUUCGAAGCUGUAUCGGGACGCUUCACCUGGAGAUGUCGGUGUACCAUUAAAAUUGUUCCCCCAGGACCCCGCCGCAUUACAAGGGUCCUACCCAUACGAGUCUGCAGUUCAGGAGCUGAGACUUCUCACUAAAGACUGCUGUCCGCAGAGGAAGCUGGAAUGUAUCGUGAGGGUAUUACGCCUGAUCUGCGCUUGCGCUGAGGACUACAGAUGUCUCCACGAGGUCGAAUCUACACCCAAAACAGCUGCCAUCGGCGCAGACGACCUGUUGCCCAUCCUGUCCUAUGUGGCUCUGCGGUGCCAGUGUCCACAGCUAGUAUCUGAAUGUGCCGCUUUGGAGGAGUUCAUUCACGAAGGCUAUUUAAUAGGAGAGGAAGGUUAUUGUCUGACCUCCAUGCAGAGUGCCUUGGCCUAUGUCGAGUCGUUGCACACAGCAGGAACUCACCUUUCUGCAGACAAGUUCAUUUGAAACAGGCUGCUGCAGUCAGAGAGCUUUCCUGCUGCGCUACAGAGAGACAACAGCUGAACCUGCAGCUCCCUGCAAGUUGUACAGACAAUGUUAUGUACAGUGUAUACAUUAUAUUCAACAGUAUGUGUGUACAAGAUAACAUCUUGUAUACACGCACACACAUGGUGUAUAUUUAACAGGACCUCCUUUUCCUUUUAAACCAGUGCCUAAGGAGUCCUGUCUAACCAAAUCAGACCCUGCAUGGGGCCAAACUGGGCUUUACUCAGUCCUCCUUUUUAAAGAUGUUUUCAAACUGUAAACAAGUGAUGCAUUGCCUAGCACUGGAUGGUUUAAAGGACUACUGUAUGUGGUUGAGAUAUGAGUUAAUUUAGGGAACCUUAUGUAAGUGAUGCCAUUGAUUUAUAGGAGCGCUUAUAGAGGAAUAACCUGAAAUAUGGUUUACAAAUGUAUUCCCUCAUAUUUUCCCUCAUUGGGGAAGUCAAAUCUGUGAGAACAAAGAUGAAAAAGCACUGCUGAAGUUGUCUGUCAGGUGUGAAUCAGCCAAUCAUGUGUGCUUAGACUGAUAUUUGUCUACCUAAGAGUAUGCUAAUAGUGAUUAGUUGUUUUAGGAAAUCCUUGGGAAAAUCAUAACACCUCAGACUGAUACAGCAUCAAACAUUUUUAAUCCAUGUACCUUGUGGCAUUUUUUUUUUCAUUUUUUUUUUUUAAACAAAUUACAGGCAGACUCAUAAAUAAGAUUGUGUGUGUUUGAUCAUGUGGGGAUGAGUUUGAAUGAAAUAUCUUAAUAAAUGCACUUUGGGUGUCGAGGCUACACUGGAUGAUGAUUUUGAGUUCAGACACUAGAUCUAAAGACAGCUGUGCCUACAGACAGAGACAGUGAUUGUCAGAGAUGUUAUAUAAUAGAGAUAAGGAGAGACACUGGAGGAGCACAAGAAUAUCUGCUGUGGGGAAAUGUUGUGUUUAUAGCAGAACGACUAACACUUAACACUUAAAUUAGCUGGAUUACAGUAAAGUAGUACUUCCUGUAGAUAGUACUAAUACUGUUGCACUUCGUUAGUUAGCGCCACUUUUCGUGUGUGUGUGUGUGUGUGUGUGUGUCUGUGUGUGUUGCCAAUAAGACUAUUUGCAAAUAAACCCACUGGGACCACAGGUACAUGUGACCAUUAUCUUUCCAUUUUAAUUGAAAAUACAUUAUUAUACAACAGUUAAUUUAUUUUUACUUCUUUGUCUGUAUGCAUACCUUGGUUUUUUAUUUUUUAUUCCUUAUUCCAAGUGUGAAAUCAACAAACUCACCAAAGGAAAGCAAAGGUGUAAUCUCAUUUGCUCAACUUUUUUUUUUUUUAAACCAAAUUUUCAUGCGAUUGUUUGACGUCUGCAGUUUCCCAGACUUUUCUUAAGCAUCAUUUAAAAGAAGCACUGCAUGCCAACCGGUAUAUUUAAAAAAUGGAUUAACCACAUGUAGUUGUUGAGGUGAUAAGAAAAUGCUAGAUGCAUGGUAUUGAAGGGAUUGUUUUAAGACGGCUCUUUAAUGCUUUUCUCUGAACCCUUGAAGCUGUCUUAUUUUUU